GUUCCUUUCUCCUCCAAUAUCUUCAUCUAGUACACUGGUUAACCACCACAAUGGCAGUCAAAGUAUUUCUCACCGGAGCCACCGGCUACAUCGGCGGUGAUACCUUGUACCAACUGAACCAGCGAUAUCCCGAUUUCGAGUACGCACUUCUCAUCCGCUCCGAAGACAAGGCAAAAAAAGUUCUAUCAGCUUAUCCAAAAGCCCGGGCUGUCAUCGGCGGCAAUGAUGAUUCCGAAUUACUGGAACGUGAAGCCGCCUGGGCGGAUAUUGUCAUUCAUACGGCCGACUCGUCGGACCACGCCGGUGCGGCAACGGCCAUAGCCAAGGGUCUCGUGCACGGCCAUUCCGCCUCGCGACCUGGGUUCUGGCUGCACACCGGCGGGACCGGUAUCUUGACGUACUUUGACUCGGAAGUUAGGAAGACAUUCGGAGAGAAGGAUGCCAAGGUCUUCAAUGACUGGGAGGGCGUCGAUGAGCUGGUCCACCUGCCCGCCGCGGCCUUCCACCGUAACGUGGACGAGAUCGUUCUCAACACGGGCACCGAACACGCGGAUGUGGUCAAGACGGCUGUCAUCUGUCCCCCCACUAUCUACGGCAAGGGCCGCGGUCCAGUCUCGGGUCGCGGACGACAGGUAUACGAGCUUGCUUCGUUUAUUCUGCAAGAGCGGUAUUGUCCGAGGAUCGGAAAGGGUCUUGGGCGGUGGAAUAACGUGCAUGUGCGUGAUUUGAGCCGCGUGUUUGAGCUCCUUCUACAGGCUGCGUUGGAUCCAUCUCUAAAGGACGACCCGGAGAUCUGGGGCGCGCACGGUUACUACUUCACGGAAAAUGGGGAGCAAGUCUGGGGCGAUCUGUCCGCUGCUGUUGGCGAAGAAGUCUUCAAGCAAGGCUACAUCAAAGGCCGGGCCCCCGAGCUUCGUGAAUGGUCGAUCGAUGAGGCUGUCAAUUCGGCGGCUGGAUUUGAGGCGGCAAGCUGGGGUAUGAACUCGCGGGGUGUGGCGGUGCGAGCGAGGAAGCUCCUUGGCUGGAAGCCGCAGGAAAGGAGCUUGAGCGAUGAGUUGCCAGAUAUUGUUCGAUCCGAGGCGGUAAGGAUGGGGCUUUGAUUCUCGAUGACCAGAGCGCGAAUUACAUGAUCAGCCUAUUAUUGUUGACAGGAUAGACUUUGCCCUGCAGAAAAAUUCAGAACCAUUUAUCUGGAGGUCGAGUUUUCGUAUCUAGACUCUACAUUCCCCAGGGUGCUAA